CUCCAAGACUCUAACCCCAUUCAAAUGGUCCAAAAUCUAUUCUCUUUCCUCUCUCUCUCUCCAUCGAUCCUAGCUGUUCUCGGUCCCUAAACCCUCCCCUGUCUCCACCGCCGGCCCAUCCAGUCUCCGCCGCUCCUCCUCCACCACGUCUACGCCACUCCGCCGUUCAAACCCACCUCUUCUUUUCCUUUCAAAACCACAACCCUUCACGGACGAAGACAGAGAGAUCAACCUGUAGUUUGGGAGUACAAAGUGCUAAGUACCCCCAAAAUCAAAUAGGUGGUUGUUUUUUCUAGUUUCUACUAUAAAAACCCAACAUAAAUAUAUAUAUAACCUCAAGCAUAGUCUAGCUCUAGCCCCCUAUUGGAACAUGACCAAAUUGCAAAGCUGACAAGGUUGUAAGAAAAGCCGACCAAGCUCAACUUUUGACGACCACCUUCGAGUGAGGAAACGGUAUCUGGGACUGUGAAGUCUAAGUAAAGUGAACUAUCAUUCAAUACUCAGAUACCAUGUUUCUUUUUAAGGGGCGUCGCGUUGGAAGUUGGAAAAAUGUGUCCUUAUAGUUUUUACUCAGGUCUGAAGCUUACACCAAAAAGUUCCUGUUUAUUCAUCCUAGUCCUUUAUUGAGAGAGCUAUAUGCUAUAGUUCUCACUACAUUGCAUCUGAGACAAAAAUUGACUUCAUUUAUUUACCAAAAAUGACAGAAAUCUUCAGUUACACGGCUUACAGACAGUUAUCUCAGAUGUUCCUCUCGAUAAUUUUCUUUCACAGUUCUGAAUACAUUUUAGCACUCGCCGUUCAUGGGAAAUCAAAUGUUAAUCUUAAGUCUCUUCUGAUUAGCCCAAGUUAUCUUGCAGCAAUGUUCUUUUCUUUGCUGGAGUACUUAAUUGAAAUUGUGUUAUUUCCUGGGAUGAAGGAAUACUGGUGGAUUAGUAACUUGGGCCUUGUAAUGGUUAUAGUUGGCGAAAUAAUAAGGAAAGCAGCAAUUAUUACUGCUGGUUAUUCAUUCACACAUCUUAUUAGGACCAAUCGUGAGGAGAAUCACAGAUUGAUUACUCAUGGAAUCUAUAGAUUUAUCCGACAUCCUGCAUAUUGUGGUUUCUUCAUUUGGUCGGUUGGUACUCAGAUAAUGCUUUGUAAUCCCAUAUCGACGAUUGGAUUUGCAAUUGUUGUUUGGCGCUUCUUUGCACAACGGAUUCCAUAUGAAGAGUAUUUCUUGAGGCAAUUUUUUGGUUCGAGUUAUGACGAAUAUGCCCGAGGUGUUCCUUCCGGGGUGCCAUUUGUAAAGUGAGGAUCUGAUGUUCUGUGGGCUGGGUUUGCCAGGGUGCCAUUUAGAAAGUGAGGAUCUGUAGAUUCUGUGAUCUGGGUUGCAUUUAGCUUCUUGUUUCAUGGAAGCACUUGAAAUUUCCUUGAAGCUGAACUUAUCAAUGGUUUGCAAGAGUGACCAAGUUAUUUACUUCCUUUAUUGCAGCUUUAUGCUUGGUAGUAAUUCUGAAGCUAGAUUCUUGUAAUUAUUGUUCAUGUUGGGAGAGAGACACAAGACUUGUCUUCAGGAAUUAGGAGUUAGGAAUAUUAAAUUUUUUAUUUUGUUCCCAUCAAUCAUGCCUCUAAGUAUGCAUAAUAUAUCAUACAGUUA